AUGGCGUCGAGUGAUGAUUAUGAAAGUCUUCCUGAAUCAAUGCAUCCAGCCAUACACAUGGCUGCUGGAGCGUUAGCCGGUAUUGGCGAACAUUGUGUUAUGUAUCCAGUCGACGUUGUUAAAACUCGGAUGCAAUGUAUUAAUCCCGACCCACACGCGAAAUAUCGAGGAAUCAUACAUGCAAUACGACAAAUGAUGGCCAACGAAGGUUUUUUUCGACCUGUUCGUGGUAUGCAUGUCGUGGCUUCAGCAGCCGGUCCAGCACAUGCACUCUAUUUUUCUUGUUAUGAACGCAUGAAAUUAUUAUUCAGCGGAAGUUCCCAAGUAGGUCAUAAUCCCAUAGCCAAUGGAUUAGCAGGUUGUUUUGCUACUCUGUUUCACGACGCUUUGAUGGUGCCCGCUGAUGCGAUCAAACAACGUUUGCAAAUCUAUGCAUCUCCCUAUGCUGGUGCAAUCGAUUGUUUACAGAAGAUCCGUCAACGCGAAGGUCUCUCCGUUCUCUAUCGAAGUUACACAACCCAAUUAACUAUGAAUAUUCCAUUUCACUCCGUACAUCUUGUGACUUAUGAGCUCCUUCAAGAUUAUUUGAAUUACGCUCGAACAUAUGAUCCUCUAUCCCAUGUUAUUUCGGGUGCCGGCGCUGGUGCUAUUGCGUCGGCAGUGACAACCCCACUAGAUGUUUGUAAAACACUAUUAAAUACUCAAGAGUGCUGUUUAGCAUCGACUGGCGGACCCACGUGUUCAGUACCGCGAGGGUCACCUGGAACUUCAAUGAAUACUGUUGCAACUCAAGAAGCGCGAGGACUAAUAACAGCUAUUCGAGUGAUAUAUAUGCAAGGCGGAAUACCUGCAUUUUUUAAAGGUUUAACACCCCGUGUUCUUUAUCAAAUGCCAAGUACAGCUGUAGCUUGGUCUUGUUACGAAUUUUUUAAACAUUCUUUUGCCGGCAAACCAACAAUAUUGUGA